AUGGCUGCAUCUUCAAAGCCAGAGAUGUUAAUUUGCCAUUCACUUGACAUUUGCGUGCCAAGAAAUGACUACUUCAGCAAAUGUGCAAUUAGUAGUGCUGCUGCUCCUCCCAUAUCAAGUAACGAACAUAAAAUUAUGACUUACCCAAAUAAAAGUAGAGAUAUGAAUAAUAUUCAGGAUAGUGAAAUUUAUGAAUUAGAAACUAACAGUGAACCUGACAUUAAUGAUAAUAACAGUAGUGAAAUAGGGUCUUCUUCUAAAUCAUUAUUAUCUGUACUAAAAGACAAAAAAACUACUGAGUUCAAAAAAAAUUGGUUCUUAUAUAAAAAGGUUCAAAGAAUUGGUAAAAUUUUUACAGAGUCAGUUAAACAAUCUGAACAACUUGAUGUGGCACAAAUAGAUCUUGCACGACAAAAUCAUAUUCGAGAAGAGGAUAUUGAAAUUGUUCAAUUUAAUCAGUUAUCAGCUCUUGAUAUAGAUGAAAAAAUUGGUUCAGAAGAAGAGGAUUAUGAGGAUAGAGAAAUUGAUGAAUCUACAAUAAAAUUACUAUUAAAAGAUUAUGAGUGGGAUCUGUUAAAGAGAAUUGUUGAUGCAUUAAAACCAUUUGAACAAGCAACAAAAUUCUUUUCAGAAAGCAAGUAUCCCACUCUUUCACUAAUAUAUCCCAUUAUUUGCGAAUUACAAAAUAAAUUUAUAAAUUUUAGUUUAGAAUUAAACAUGUUAUUAGAUUCUGAAAAUGAUGACGACACUCAUUCACAUGCUCCAUCGCCACUACCCGAUCUUGAUCAAAUAGAAAAGCAAUUUAAAAUUGCUAUUUCUGACUCUUUGAAUAAAUAUUGGCUCGAUUUUCAUGAAGUUGGAUUGGUAGCUACCCUUUUAGACCCCUGA